UAUAUAUACCUUCUUCAUCCGUUCCUCCCCUUUUCUCCCCCUUCCGCCACCCCCUUUCUCUCUUUCUCUCUCUCUCUGCCUCUCUCUCCGCCAUGUCCGACGACAAAUGGGUCGACGUUGCUCUUUCCGAUGACUCUCUUGUCGUCGACUUACUUCUUCGUCUCAACCGUUCUCCGCUCGUCAAUCCUCUCUCUCCCCCUCUCCGACUCGAUUGGUCCAUCCGCCAGCCCCGCUCCAAGCCGAUUCUUCCUCGUCAGGCUUCCGAUUCCGCCGGUAAAAACUCCGAUGAGGCGGCUAGAGCCAGUCCGACUACGCCUCUCACUUGGAGUAGUGGCGGUGGCGCUACCUCCGUCAGUGGCGGAUUCGUUGACGCCGUAAGAUCUAAGAAUGCUGGUAAGAGUGAAGUAGUUGCAACAAUGAAGAGGCCAAGAAAGAAAAAGACACUUGGAGAACUCAAAGAGGAGGAGGUUUUGCUAUUGAAGGAAAGGAGAAGCUUGAAAGAUGCCUUGGCGAUCUUGCGGCUCACUGUCGAAAAACAGAGGUCUAUCAAUGGAAGCUUGAAGAAAAUGAAGAUUGAUUUCGAUUCGCAACAAGCGAUCGAGAUGGCUGUAACAUCUGCUAUGCCGAAGGAGGCGAGCUCCAACCGACCUCAACUGCAGACGCUACCGAUAUCUAUAUGCAACACAAUGCCUGUCAGAGUCGAUGCUUCUUCCUACCAAUUACCUCUGCCAAAUGUUUCUUGCAAACUACAGGAGAUGGGAACUCUUGGGACCGUUCGUUCGAUACCCGAUCUUAAUGUGCCUUUUCAAGAGGACUCCAGUGCCGACGUCUUGUACCGAAUGAGCUAAGACGAAUUCAACCGAAACAAACCGAUAUUAAGCUUCAAUAACUAAGAGGGACGAAGAUCGACAACGACAACGACGACAACAACAAAACCAUUUGCUUCGUAAUAAGAUGUAGUUCCUGAAUCCUAACCGUUAUAGGCUCGAGUUACUUACAACUGUAAUUACGUAACCAUUUUUCUUAGCUGCAUAUUCAUAUAUCUUCUUCCUUUUUCCCUUCCCAUAGUACGUGAAAAAAUCGAGCAUAGAACCGUGUAGAGACCCCGAAAACUCGUUAGCUGUUUAGUUAUUAUAUUAUUCAUUCAUAGUCAGUCUGUUUAUUUUGGUUGUAGCCAACCCUUACCCUGUAAUUACUGCAUAAUUUCAAACAAAGUUCAGUGUUCCAUUUCAUUUCUU